AUGAGUGACCCGCAAGGCAGUGGCGACGACCUCGACUUCGACACGCGGCCGUUGCUGACAUCAUCAGCUAAGGCAGCAGACGACGUUGGCGAGCUUGAAAACGUCGACCUCAACGACGACGGCGGCGACGGCGACAGCGCCCUCGACCAGUCGCUUGCCCGCGACGCCGCCCAGAUGGCGCUCGAGGGGAAGCGGGAACCGGAACCGGAAAAGCACUUGGACGACCUGUUUGAGGACGCUCUGGAGGCACCCUUACGCAUUGGUGGCACCGCUGGUCCGAAACUCCCUCCGAGACACAUCAUCGACGACUGCAUCCGUCUCGACGAGCUCGUGGCGGCGGACACGCUGAAGCUCGAGGAGACGGCCCACUCCUACAACAAGCAGACGCAGAACUACUUUUUGCAGGCGAAAUACAACCAGUUGAACCGCAACUUCGCCCUGAAGGAUGCCAAGCAGCAGGAGCAGAUCAAUCUGGGGACGGAGAACAUCAAGAAGACCUUCGACAACAUCAAGCAGACGGUGGGGGGUUUUUCGGAGAUGUUCGAGUACAAGAUCGACUGGGACUUCUGGACGCGGAUCGUCAACAACUACGAGGAGGUGAUUCUCAACGAGCUGGACGAGUUGAACACCCUCAUCAUGCUGGGGAUCCCGCGCGAGUUUCGGGGGAUUAUCUGGCAGUUGGUGGCCAAAUCGAAGAACUUCCAGAUGGAAGAGUUCUACUUGCAGGUGAAGCUGGAGCCGUCGAUCCACGAGAAGCUGAUCAAGCGAGACUUGACCCGCACCUCGUUCUUCACCAACGUCGAGCAGGUGAACAAGGCCGACGAGUUGUACAACGUCAUCAAGGCGUACCUGUUGUUCGACCCCGACGUCGGCUACACCCAGGGGAUGAUCUUUAUUACCGUGCCCUUAAUCAUGAACAUGAGCGAGGCCGAGUGUUUCUGUCUCUUAGUGACGUUAAUGAAGGAAUACAACGUCCGCGACAUGUUCUGUCCCGAGAUGAAAGGAUUACACUUGAUGCUCUACGAGUUCGACCGCCUCCUCGAAGUGUACUCGCCCAUAUUGUAUAACCAUCUCGCCAAACAGGGGAUCAAGCUGUCGAUGUACGCCCUGCAGUGGUUCCUCACUUUCUUCGCCUACAAGUUCCCCUUGGACAUGGUGUUGCGGAUCUACGAUAUCAUCAUCACCCAGGGUAUCGAGCUGGUGCUUAAACUUGCGGUGAACUUGAUGAUUAAGAACGAGUCGCAAUUGUUACAGCUUAAGUUCGACAAGUUAUUGGAAUACUUAAAAGAUAAGAUGUUCAAUGUCUACGUCCACGACGAGUUCACUCGUCUCGAAGCACCGGAUGCACCGCUGCUGAAACGGUCGCUGACCAUCUCCAAACGGUUCUCGUUACUUGCGGGAGCUAAACGAGCGUCAGACUUCAACUCGGGGCUGGCCAACCACCCGUACUACAAGCUCGACGCCAUGGUCCACGACGCGUUGCAAAUCAACGUCGACCCCGUCGAACUCACCAAGUACGAAGGCGAGUUCGAACGGAUAUACUCCACCGAAGAGGCUAAGGCCGGCGACAUUGAGAAGUUGCGGGUGGAAAACGGCAAAUUGCGCCACAUCAUCAAGGAGCUCGAGACUGAGUAUGCCAACUUUAACCGCGACCAUGUGGACACGGUACAGAACAUGGUCGACACCAAAGUGAUGUUACCCGAAGUGCGUAACGAUAUUGAGGAAUUGGAACUUCAAAUUGAGAAGAUGGAGGCCGACAUUGCUGAGAUUGAGCUGAAGACGGGCCACCAUGCUGAUAGUGGUACGCUGGAGGAACCGCGGACCCCAGAACAAGAAGACCUCCCUGAAGCGCUUCAGAAUGAUAUCGCUGAGUUAUUAGUGAUCAACGCCGAGGAGACGGAACGGUUCGCUGAGCUAGAUGACGAAUUGGCCCGGCUCGUCGCCGAAGACCAGGCGUUGACCCGCGAACUCAAACAGAAUCUGCGCAAACUGUGGUUCAGUUUCGCCAAGUAA